UAAAUGUGAUUACGGAAGUAAAACGAGGCGACGAAACAACACAGCAGGAAAAAAAAACUAAAUAAGUUGGUGUGUACGCUUCACUUACCCUCCAGUUCAUCAUCAUCCACAUCAUGCUGGGAGGAGGAUUCAAAGGAGAUAGACUAAAAGUCAAUCUACGACUCGUCAUCAACCGAUUCAAACUCCUGGAGAAAAAGAAAACUGAGCUCGCUCAAAAGGCAAGGAAGGAGAUUGCAGAUUACCUGUCAGCGGGGAAGGAUGAGCGGGCGCGGAUUCGUGUGGAACAUAUCAUUAGAGAGGACUAUCUGGUGGAAGCCAUGGAGAUCCUAGAGCUGUACUGUGACCUGCUGCUGGCUCGUCUCGGCCUCAUUACAUCCAUGAAGGAAAUGGACCCAGGCCUGCAAGAGGCAGUGUCCACGCUUAUUUGGGCAGCACCCCGUCUCCAGGCUGAAGUGAAUGAGCUCAGAAUUGUGUCUGACCAGCUGUGUGCAAAAUACAGCAAAGAGUACGGCAAGCUGUGCAAGACGAACCAAAUUGGCACAGUCAACGAAAGGCUGAUGCACAAACUGAGCGUAGAGGCCCCUCCCAAAAUCUUGGUGGAACGCUACCUGAUAGAGAUCGCCAAGAACUACAAUGUUCCGUAUGAACCUGACGCGAUGGUCCGGCCUGAGGUGUGUGCUGGAGAGGAGGCAGACCUGAUUGACGUUGACAAUGACAAGAAGUUUGGACGAGGAGGAGGAGGUGGCGGCGGCGGCGGUGGCGGCGGAGGAGGAUUCACUGCUCCUGCUGGUGCCAUGCCUAUGCCCAUGCAUAUGCCCAUGCCAAUGCCAAUGCCCAUGCCCACAGCUUUCAACUAUCCACCUCCCAAAGGAGCCGAUCAGUUUGGUACUGCUCCCGUUGGAACCUACAACAACUUCCAGCACCCAAUGGGAGGAGGGCAGCCCCCUCAGCUGCCCACUUCUCCCCCCACAUACGAGUCUAUUGAUGACCUUACUGACAAACCUUUUGUUCCUUCCCAGGCCACAGGUCCUGGCCCUUCCCAUCAGAGGUUCGACAACAACGCUCUCCCAGAACUCCCCUCUGUUCCCGACACACUCCCUACAUCAUCCUUUGGAGGACACACUGCCACCUCGGAUGACAUCGACUUUGACGAUUUAACACGGCGGUUUGAGGAGUUGAAGAAGAAGACCUAAAUGCUACCACCCUGGUCCAAUCACACACACACACACACACAUUCAUACACAGGCCCGUUUUGUCACAUAUGCAGCUCAAAACAGGAAAUGGAAAAUAUUCAUGCUCUCAGUCAGAUCUGGAGAGUUUACUCCUUCAACAGUGAAGUAAUCUUACAUAGAAAUUAAACAUACUUGUAUUCUUACCUCAUUUGCAUAAAUAUGACCAUCUUACUGAGGAUGUGGUUGCUCAUUGGACCCUUCUUUCAUUUUCAUUAUUAGCAGAACUUUUGGUUCUUUUGGCAGUACAAACAAUUACCCAUUUUAUUUUCUUUCUUUCAAACAGCUUAUUAAGCAUAUAACUACCUACAAUCAUGUGAUCACUCCUUAAUGAAGGUCACUCACUUUUAAAUGUACCCAUUCUCUGAGUGUGAUUGUAUAACCAAACAAAGAUUUCAAUUGUAGCUUUUCCUGGGGAUUUGGGUCUGACUAAAACUUUGAAUACAUGCUGUCUCUCUAUGAUCUCUCCACUGUGUCGCUCAGUCCUGUCUCAGACUAGUCAAACCAGCCCAUCCGGCCGCCCUGCUUUUGCGGAAAACUGGAAUUCACGAGGACAAAGGCUGCAGAUAUUUAUGCAGCAAUGCUUCAAUUACCAUCUAUUUUUUCCCAUAGAGAUAGAAGCCAUAUAUCCAGUGUCCACCCAGUCAUGCCGUUUUGUCACUGUGGAAACGAUGCGUUAAGUCACAAGAUUUAUUUAUUAUCAGUUGUCAGAGGUAUAUGAGCCCUUCAGGAAGAGUUAACGAUGACACAUCAAACCUGUCACAGGAGUCGUGAGGCACUGAUUUUUAGUGAUGAAACAGUAUAUGGAAAUCUGUAAUAUAAUGCUAAAAAUAUAGAUAGACCUAUUUACAUGAAUGAUUGAAUUGUUCAGCAAAAAGCCUUUGGAAGUAGGGUAUUGUACAAUAUUAGGCAAUUCUGUUUAAUACACCAUAUCUCAAAAUAAAGUUUUUUUUUUGUUGCCCUUUGGUUUAUCAGUUUGAACAAAUACCUGCACUGUCUUUUCAUUGAAGUACUAAAAUAACAAGCAAAAUGUGUGCAGAGCUAAGCUCAAUUUGAGUGAUUCGAUGUAAAUGUAUGUCCUCUGUUACCCUGUGUGCAUUUGUCUUAUACUGUAUGUUCACCACUGCAUUUGCCUUAGUUACCAUCUCUCAUCAGAGGCCUUGCCAGUCCGUAGGAUUAUGUGUUUGUUAUCCCCAAGACUGGGUACAUGAACAAACUUUGCUUUAUUUACUUUGGCCAUAAACAAUUUUCUUAAACUGCUUUGUGUUGGAAAUUGCAGAUUGGAUGAUAGAAAACAUUGUAUUGGCAAUAGAAGAUAUUUUCCAUUUCUUGUGGAGAAAAUGGGAGUGAAGGGUUUUGUUUCUGUCUGGGUGUAACAUGGCAAAUGAGCUGAGGACUUUAACAAGAUGAUUCAGCAAUGUCUGGGAAACACUCUGAAAAGCUCUCCGACUGGGUGAUGGACAUAGUUAAUCCAUGAUUGUUUUGUUUUUUUAGGAGUUUGAGAAAGUGAAGAUGUGGUUAUUAACACUACAGAACGGUGUGAUCUGCUCAAUGUGUCUUUUCUAUGUUGGACUGUUCUUUCAUGCUAAUCUUCAAGAUACAAAUUGUUGUCUUGUUGCAAUAGACACCUUUUUUCCACUGUAUACUAAACAAUUUAAUAAAAGAUUAUAUGGAACUGGAAA